GGGGGGAGCGUUUCCGGGUCAGCGCCCGGCGGAGCAGUGGGGAUGGAGCUGGAGCGGAUCGUGCUGCCCCCCCCCGGGCCCCUGCACCUCCCCCUGGCACUGUUGGAAUUGGGCUGCGCCGGGCGCUGCGAAUUGCUGCCGGGUCCCGCCCCCCCCCGCAGCACGCUCCCCCAGGGCCUCCCGCCCUUCACUCCUCCCCUGACAGCGGAGUUGGAGCAGCGCUUCCUGCAGACCCCCUCCUGGCUGCCCCCCCACCAACAUGAACGGGCCCAGAGGCGCUGGACGCGGGUGCCCACCCCCCGCGCACUGUUUGUGUUGGAGCCGACGCCGGUGCACAGCAGCGUGCGGGCGCUGCGGGACCCCGGCACAGGGGCUCUGCAGGGCUUUGUUGAGGAGCUGCACGAGGACGCGGGGCUCCCCUCUCCCCCAGACACCGGCGACGUCCCCCAGUGGGAAGGUGGUUUGGAGGAACCCCCCCUGGAGUUGCUCCACACCCAGGGGCCAAAUGAAGAGGAUUUGGACUUUGAAAAUGAUUUACUGACCACCCCCCCAGGGCUGAAACGCGGUGUUGAGUUUCAGGCCAGAGCAGCCCCCGGAGCCCGGGGGGGGGCACCGUCGCUCUGCAGCGUUUUGGGGGCGUUGGAUUCCUUGGAGUUGGGGGGGACGGAAGAAGAGGAGAAAAAAGAGGGGGAGGGUGCUGGGGGGGGUGCCCCCUCUCAGCAGCCUGCUGACAAAGGAGGGCUGCCUUCCCCCACACCCCCCCUGCGCCGUGCCGACAGCCUGGAGGAGCUGGUGAUGGGGGAGGUGCUGGUGCCCCCAGCCACAGCCACCCCCCCUGUGCCCCCGCAAAGCGAGGAGGAGGAGUGGGCCGUGGAGGAGGACUGCAGCGUCCCUGUGGAGGACUUUGAGGAGAAGAUCCCAGAUCCAGCAUUCAAGUGGCCGUUCCGCCCUGACGCCUUCCAGCAGCGCGCGGCGCUGUGCCUGGAGCGGGGGCAGUCGCUGCUGGUGGCUGCUCACACCUCAGCUGGCAAAACUGCCGUGGCCGAAUACGCCAUCGCCUUGGCACGGCGACACAUGACACGGGCCAUCUACACGUCGCCCAUCAAGGCGCUCUCCAAUCAGAAGUUCCGCGACUUCAGGGCCACCUUUGGGGACGUGGGGCUGCUGACUGGGGACGUGCAGCUGCGCCCCGACGCCUCCUGCCUCAUCAUGACCACUGAGAUCCUGCGCUCAAUGCUGUACAACGGCUCUGAGGUGCUCCGUGAGCUGGAGUGGGUCAUCUUCGACGAGGUGCACUACAUCAACGACGCUGAGCGCGGCGUGGUGUGGGAGGAGACGCUGAUCCUGCUGCCUGAGCACGUGGGGCUGGUGCUGCUCAGUGCCACCAUCCCCAAUGCCCUGGAGUUCGCCCAGUGGGUCGGCCGCACGAAGCGGCGCCGCCUGCGGGUGCUGAGCACUCGGCAGCGCCCGGUGCCCCUCGAGCAUUUCCUCUACACCGGCGGCGGCGGUGCCCCCUCACCCCGCGAUCUCUUCCUGCUGCUGGACGCGCGGGGUGCCUUCAGCACCCAGGGGUACUACGCCGCGGUGGAGGCGCAGAAGCAGCGGGCGAGCAAACACGCGCAGAGCUUUGGGGCCAAACAGCCCCACGGGGGGGGCAGCGGCCCCGGGCAGGACCGUGCCAUGUGGCACUCGCUGGUGGCGCUGCUGCAGGCGCAGGGGCAGCUCCCGGCCGUGGCCUUCACCUUCUCCCGCGGGCGCUGUGAUGCACACGCAGCCGCCCUGGGCCGCACUGACCUCAGCUCAGCCGCCGAGAAGGGACGCGUGCGCGGCUUCGUGCGGCGCUGCCUGGCCCGGCUCCGGGGGGGGGACCGACGCCUGCCUCAGGUGCUGCAGAUGUCGGAGCUGCUGGAACGCGGCAUCGGGGUGCACCACAGCGGGGUGCUGCCGCUGCUCAAGGAGGUGGUGGAGAUGCUCUUCAGCCAGGGGCUGGUCAAGCUGCUCUUUGCCACCGAGACCUUCGCCAUGGGGGUGAACAUGCCGGCGCGCACCGUCAUCUUCGACUCCAUCCGCAAACACGAUGGCAACAACUUCCGCGACCUGCUGCCAGGUGAGUACGUGCAGAUGUCGGGGCGCGCCGGGCGCCGUGGGUUGGACCGCACCGGGACUGUCAUCAUCCUGUGCCGGGGGACGGUGCCCGAAAUGGCCGACCUGCACCGCGUGAUGCUGGGCCGCCCGUCGGGGCUGCAGUCGCAGUUCCGCCUGACGUACGGCACCAUCCUCAGCCUGCAGCGCGCGGCCGCGCUCAGCGUGGAGGGGUUGAUGCGCAACAGCUUCGGAGAAUUCCCCCUGCGGCGCCGCGCCGCGGCGCAGCAGCGGCGCGUGGCUGAGCUGCAGCAGGAGCUGGCAGCGCUGGGGGAGCCCCCGCAGGAGGGAACCCUGGACGACCUCCCCCAGUACCACGAGGCCGUGCAGGGGCUGCUGGAGGCGCGGGCGGAGCUGCAGCGCCGCGUGGCGCAGUCAGUGGCAGGGCUGAAGGCGUUGGCCCCCGGGCGGGUGGUGGUGGUCUGCACCCCCCAGCACCGCAAUGCGCUGGGGCUCAUCCUGCAGGUGACUGCUGAAAGCGGGGGGGGCCGCACCAUCACAGCGAUGGUGCUGAGUGAGAAACCCCCCGAGGAGGGGGGGCCGCCCCCCUCGCCCCCCCCGGAUGCCCCCUACCCUGAGGAUGUGCUGCUGAAUCGGCUCUUCCUGCCUGAGGGCCCCCCCGGAGCAGCACUGGAGCAGCUGCACCCCGAGGACUUGGGGGGCAUUGUGGGGCGCACGCUGCGGGCAAACCCCCCCCGGCUGCUGGAGGAGCUGCGGCGGAGGCAGACAGCGCGGGGAAGGAAGGACCCCCCCAGCCCCGAGCUGCUCUCAGCCCUGCAGGAGCUGCUGCGCAUGGCAGGGGCGGCUGCGGGGGGGCUGCCCCUGCUGGACCCAGUGGGAGCCCUGCAGCUGCGGGACCCCCCUGCCGUGGAGGCAGCUGCCCGUGCCCGAAGCCUGGGGGCGGCCCUGGGGGGCUUUCGCUGCGUGCACGGCCCCCGCUUUCCCCAGCUGUACUCGCAGUUCGCUGCGCGGCGCCGGCUGCAGGCACAGGUGGAGCAGCUCCAGUACCAGCUGUCGGACCGCUCCCUGCUGCUGCUGCCCGAGUACCGGCAGCGCCUGGGCGUGCUGCAGGCUCUGGGCUACGUGGCCGACGGCGGUGCGGUGCAGCUCCCCGGACGCGUGGCGGCGCUGCUGAGCUGCCACGAGCUGCUGCUGACCGAGCUGCUGCUGGGCAACGUGCUGAGCCCGCUGCGCCCCGAGGAGGUGGCCGCGCUGCUGUCCUGCACCGUGCAUCCGGGCCGGGGCGAGCCGCCCCCAAAACUGCCUCCCAACCUGCAGCGGGGCAUGGAGCAGAUCCGCGCCGUGGCCGAGCGCGUGGGGCGGCUGCAGGAGGAGUGGGGGCUGCCCCAAAGCGCCGAGGACUACGUGGGGCAGUUCGGCUUCGGGCUGGCCGAGGUGGUGUACGAGUGGGCGCGCGGCAUGCCCUUCGCCGCUCUGGCCGCCCUGGCUCCGCUGCAGGAGGGAGCGGUGGUUCGCUGCAUUCAGCGCCUGGAGGAGCUGUGCCGGGAGCUGCGCCGCGCCGCGCGCAUGUUGGGCGACCCGGGGCUGGCGGCCACCAUGGAGGCGGCGAGCGGCUGCAUCAAACGGGACAUCGUCUUCGCCGCGAGUCUCUACAUUCAAUAAAGGCCGCGGGAUCC